GGUAGAAAUUGAGUGAAAGCGCGGGAGCCAGCGCCAGCGCGACUAGAGCAGAACCCAGAACCAGCUGCUUCCAUGGCCGGCUCUGAAGAGCUGGGGCUCCGAGAGGACACCCUGAGGGUUCUGGCUGCCUUCCUGAGGCGCGGUGAAGCGGCUGGGUCCCCUGUCCCAGCUCCACCCAGGAGCCCUGCCCAAGAGGAGCCAACAGAUUUCCUGAGCCGCCUCCGAAGAUGCCUCCCUUGUCCCCUGGGGAGAGGAGCCCCUCCCCCGGAGUCCUCCCGACCCUGCUUUCUUCCCCUACGCCCCUGUUAUGGCUCUCAGCCUGGCCCAGCUACUUCAGACUUCUAUGCCCUGGUCGCCCAGCGUCUGGAACAGUUGGUCCAAGAGCAACUGAGGUCUCCGCCCAGCCCAGAGUUCCAGGGCCCUCCGUCCACAGAAAAGGAAGCCCUGCUGAGGAGGCUGGUAGCCUUGUUGGAGGAGGAGGCAGAAGUCAUCAACCAAAAGCUAGCUUCUGACCCAGCUCUGCACCGUAGACUGGCUCGCCUGUCCGCUGGCUCAUUUGCCCGCCUUGUGGAACUCUUCUCCAGCCGGGAAGUCAGCUCCUCCCCAAACCGUGCGAGCCCUUCGCUGUCGUGCCCAGCACCCCCACCGCCAUCCCCGGAACCGCUGGCCCGCCUGGCUUUGGCCAUGGAGCUGAGUCGGCGCGUGGCCGGACUCGGGGGUACCCUGGCUGGCCUCAGCGUGGAGCAUGUACACAGCUUUGCGCCCUGGAUUCAGGCCCAUGGGGGCUGGGCAGGCAUCCUGGCCAUCUCUCCUGUGGACUUGAACUUACCCUUGGACUGAGGCCCCCUCUGAAGCCACUGCAAGACCGGCCUCAGGGUCUGAUGACACACACAUUUCCUCUCAGGGCUGUGGGGUGGUGGCUGCUAUGCCGCUUUUUUUUUGCCAAAAAGAUUGUUUAGAGA